AUGGGGGAUGUUGGUGGUGGUGCCAAGGAUGGUUGUACCAUGGUGAAAAGAUGGGGGCUGGAGGAGGGCUUUUGGAACUACCCCUAUAUGUUUUUUUAUGAAGCCAUAUCCCCUAUAGACCAUGGAGUUCUGGAUGGGAAAUACGAUGAUCUUCCUGAGCAGUCAUUCUACAUGGUUGGUGGCAUUGAGGAAGUCAUGGCCAAGGUAGAGAAGAUUGCCAAGGAGUCUGCUGCUUAA